AUGGAGGAGUCUGCGCCAAAGCGGCGUCGCACCUCGCCCGGCACUUCACUUGACAUUGGCGGAACUGAAGCACCCGCGUCACCACAAAGAAGACGUCCAUCUUAUGCAUCACCAACAAAAGCAAGUCUCUCACGAAACAAUCCUGAGGCUUUUGAGCGACGAAGAUCAAGAUCUCCAGAGAAAUUACCCAGCGCUCGACCUUCGGCACAAUUUACUUUUGACAGUCCCUCUGAAGUUCUCGCGGCGCGGCUGGCCACAAGUCGGAUUGUUAGUGAUGCUCCGACACCAACGCGCCCCGAUGAAGGGACGCCAGGCUCAGGGAGACCGCCGAGGCGCGUGGGAGGCGGUAUGGCCUCAGGUGCCAAACGAACUCCCUCGAGGGGAGGUCCGCGUCCAGGGGCUGCCCCUGCGCCAGAGCAGGAUGAUUUUAAUCCAUUUCGCGGCAAGGUCUUGAGGAGAUCUAUGGAGUUGGAUGAUGACAGUGCUGAUCCAUUUCGUGGCAAAGUUCUGAGGAGGUCUGCUUCGGCGGAGGAUGACAACUUCAAUCCCUUCCGCGGUAAAGUGUUGCGACGAUCUCUAGACGUGGAUGAUGAGAUGGACACGGAUGCCCCCUCUGCUUCAAUGCCUGAGCCUGAACUACCGCCACCAAUCGAAGCAUCUUCACCUCCUGCGCCGCCCGCUUCUAUGCCGGACCCUCAACCCGCCCCUCCCGUGGACGAGCCUGCUGUGGACGAAUCUGCUGUGCAACCUGGGGACAACACCCCAGUGCCAUCUGAGGAGCCUGCGCCUCGGGAAGAAACUUCACCAGUAAAGUUCACCUCGCCUGCGCGAAGUCCAUCUCCAGCUCGAUCGUUCUCCUCGUUCGAGAUGGAGAUUCCAGCUCGGUCUUCGUCUCCGAUUGUGUCACCUUUGCCAGCGGAGUCCUCAGUGGCUGUGGAACCUGAGCCAGCGGAACAGCAGGAGCAGGAGCCUGAGUCAGAGUUGGAGCCACAACUAGAACAAGAUUUGGAAGCAGAACAAGAGUCUCGGCCGGAGCCGGAAGCUGAAGCUGAGCCAGAACGGGAUUCUCCAAGCCCACCGCCACCUCUACCAGCUUUCUCACCCUCACCUCCGCCGGCUUCCAUGCCACCACCAGCCAUACCACCUCUAGUCCAACCGAACUCUCAGGAUGCAGCUCCCUCGGCAUCACAGCCAAUGCCCCGAUUCCCAGCGCUCGACAAGGGACCACGCAAAAGCUUCCAAAAUAGCCCUGUUAGAAUCCGUGGCCUAUCACAGCAACGCGACUCACCCUUGGCCAAACCACCAUCCAGAUUUCAGGAGAAGCCGAGAAAGAGCUUCAACCCUGCUGCGACCACUUUUAAAGAGACGAAACCUACAGAAGUUAGUGCGCCUGGUCCAAGACAGCCUCGUGCAUUUGACCCAGAUGCAGACAAAAAGAGGGAGAGGGAGAAGGUCCAGAAAGAAAUCGAAGCUUUGCAGAAGGAUCUGGAGAUUGCGCGAAAAGAGAACGAGCGUAUCCGCUUGAUGCAACAGUCUGGCCGGGUUCUUGCACCGUCGAAUCAAGACGAGGUUAUUGACCUCAUUCAACGACACCUUCUAUCUACGGGAGCAGGACCAAGUCAAACGUCAUCCCAGCAAUUAUUGCAAACAGCAUUAAACCCUGCUGCCUUGUUACCAUUUGGCAAACCGAUAAUCCAAGCACCACCAAAGCCUGUUGAAGAAAAGCAGAACGAAAUUAAAUCACACCACCCUGUUGCGCUUACAGCAGAAGAAGAACUGCCAUAUCUGGAGCUCUUUACGCCAUUCUCUAUAUCCUCAAACAUUUCCGUUCUGCCAGAGACUGCUGGAGAGCCACUGAGACAGCUUCAUUCUAUCACGUUCCGAUCCCGCGAGAUUCCAGGCAUAUUCACAGCCAAGGUGAACAUGACGGUCAAUGCGAUGGAGCUCACUGUUCUCGACCUUGAUGUUACCGCGUUAGAGCCAGCUUCAAAACCUGAGCUCGGUCCGUUUGUUCAGAAGAUCUGCACAGGUGAUUGUAAUCGCUCCAUGCAGCGUAAUGUUGGUAUUCUCUCCUGGGCAAUGGGGGAGUGGCUUCGAAUCGCCGUUGAAAGAGCAGGUUUUUGGUGUCAACUGGAGCAAAGCCUAGGAUCCAAGGACGGUGUGUUAGAUGCUGCAAUCCAGAUACGCACUAGAAAGUUGAGAAGAAGAAAAGACGCCGACGAAGACGACGAUGAAGAUGAGCCGACACAAGUGGAAUCUGUCACGAAAAAAGACCUUUUACGCUAUUUGGGCCGACAACACUUUGACAUAUCAAUUCCCAAUAACGAUACAGAAGAAUCAGGCGCAACAAUACGCUUAGCUUGGAAGACCGAAUUUGACUGGACUGGAGAAGCGCAAAACAAACUUUCCGUCCUGGUCGGCGCCCCAGGGAAAUGGCAUCAGACAGACGAACGAGGAUCGCUUGGCAAGAUCCCUGCACUUUUCGAUGAACUUGUACAUGGUCAGGGGGAAACAGAAUCGGCUGUAAGAACAAUUGUAGCACUAAUUGCCGGAGAGCAAUCAUGA